GCCCAGUAUAGUAAUUUGACAUGCAAGUCUUCUUCUUCCCAGAUACAACCCAAGUCACCUCCUCCAACUGAUCAUAUGCUCUCUUUUUUCUGUUAACGGUUAACUCAGAAUCUUGCAAGCCCCACUAUCCAAAUCUCUUAGACAUUCUAUCUUAUUAAAUUCAAUUUUCCAAACCCUGUUUCGAUGUUCUGCUCCGUUCCUUACCUUAGCCUUUGACAAAAUUGUUUUCUCAGAAAAAAGCUUCCAGAAAGAAGGAAGUUUUGCAUUUAAAACAUCCCAAUGGAAAGCUACAAGAAGGAAAAAACGCAACCACUCUCACCUGAUUCUUCAUCCAACCCUUUUGAUAUGUUAACAGAUGAGAUUGUAUGGAAAAUCCUUGACCAUCUUGACAACGACCCUUUUGCCAGAAAAUCAUUCUCUGUCACAUGCAAGACCUUUUACUUAAUAGAGUCUCGCCACCGCAAGUCUCUCAAACCUCUACGCACUGAGCUCCUCCCUAGAACCCUUCAUAGAUACCCUUUUGUUUCCCACCUUGAUCUCUCCCUUUGUCCACGUGUUGAUGACAACACGUUAAACUUGAUAUCAUCAACCUCGAAAGCUACUUUGCUUUCAAUAAACCUGUCCAGAUCAAGGUUUUUCACGAAUGCUGGGUUAUCAAGCUUGUUUCUUAAUUGUUCGGGUCUCGUUGAGGUUGAUUUGUCCAACGGAACGGAGUUGACUGACUUGGCGGCCCCAGCAAUUGCAGAGGCAAAGAAUUUGGAGAGACUGAGUUUGGCAAGGUGCAAGUUAAUAACUGAUAUGGGGAUCGGCUGUAUAGCUGUUGGGUGUAGAAAGUUAAGGUCGCUUUGCUUGAAGUGGUGCUUGCGUGUUGAUGAUUUGGGUGUGGAGUUGAUUGCUCUCAAGUGUAAAGAGAUUAGGAGUUUGGAUCUGUCUUAUUUACCGAUCACAGAGAAGUGCCUCAAAUCUGUUCUUCAACUCCAACAUCUUGAAGAUUUGGUUCUAGAGGGAUGCCAUGGCAUUGAUGAUGUUGGCCUUUUAACACUAAAGCAAAGUUGCAAGUCACUAAAGAUGCUUAAUUUGUCAAACUGUCAAAGUGUUACUCACAGGGGCUUGUCAUCUUUGAUAAAUGGUACCGGACAACUACAGCAGCUCAUAUUUACAUAUGGCUCUGCUGUAAGUCCAAAACUCCCUAAGGUGACUGGUGAUCUAGCAAAAUGCCUGAAUACUUCUUCAAAGCUGCAAUCAAUUAAAUUAGAUGGGUGUAUGGUUACUUGGUCUGGGAUCAAUGCCAUGGCAAGUUUGCAUGCCUCGAUCAAGGAACUGAGCUUCAGUAAAUGCAUAGGAUUGACAGAUGAGGGUCUUUCUUUCCUUGUUCAAUCACAUAAAGAACUGAGGAAAUUAGACAUCACAUGCUGUCGGAAGAUAACAUAUACCUCUAUAGACAGCAUAACAAAAUCAUGCACCUCCCUUAAAUCCCUCAGGAUGGAGUCUUGUAGCUUGGUUCCAAAGGAAGCCUUUAUUUUGAUUGGAGAGCGUUGCUCGUAUUUGGAGGAGCUGGAUGCCACAGAUAAUGAAAUUGAUGACGAAGGUUUGAAGUCCAUUUCAAGAUGUUUAAAACUAUCUAUUUUAAAGUUAGGGAUCUGCUCUAACAUAUCAGAUGAAGGACUUGCAAAAGUUGGAAGUUGUUGCUCAAUGCUUAAGGAGCUUGAUUUGUACAGGUCCAUAGAGAUAAGUGAUGCGGGCAUUGCAGCCAUUGGUGAUGGUUGUCCUGCACUUGAGAUGAUCAACAUAGCCUAUAAUGAUAAAAUUACAGAUAACUCAUUAAUAUCAUUAUCAAAAUGUUCGAUGUUAAAAGCACUUGAGAUUCGUGGAUGCCCCGGUAUCUCGUCAAUUGGUCUGUCAGCCAUUGCUGUGGGAUGUAAGCAACUUGCAGUGCUUGACAUAAAGAAGUGCUUCAAUAUUAAUGAUAACGGAAUGCUUCCACUUGCACAAUUUUCCCAAAAUCUGCAACAGAUAAACUUGUCAUAUUGUUCUGUUACAGAUGUUGGGCUUGUAGCACUAGCUAGCAUCAAUCACCUACAGAACAUGACAAUCUUGCACUUGGCCGGUUUGACUCCCAAUGGCCUGGCAGCAGUACUGUUGGCAUGUCGAGGGUUGACAAAAGUGAAACUCCAUGCAUCCUUUAGACCAUUACUUCCUCAAUCCAUUCUUAGAUACAUGGAAGAUCGUGGGUGUGUGUUUCACUGGAGGGACAAAGCAUUUCAGAAGGAAAUGGAUACCAAGGCAUGGAAGCUGCAUUUUGGAAGGAUUAGUAAAGUUCCAUAGCGUGCAGAGGAUGCACCGGUUGUACCUUGUCUGGAUCUGCAUAUGUAUCAGCGUCUAUGAAGCUUACGUGGGAGUAGUGGUCAAAGUUCCUUCCUAAGGGAAAAAUAGGCUGCUUUGAUCUGAUUAUUUCAACUCAAUGUUGAAUUGAGUUUUAGCCUGAAAUUGGCAUUUUUAUUUACAUGUUGAAAAGGUUUCUGCUUGAAUUAUUUAACUGUCAAGUGCUCAAGGUUCACUCUGUCAUAAUCCAAAAAGGAUUUAUUAUUAUUAUUAUUGAAUUAAAACAAUCAUAUAAUCUAUAAAU